AUGCCUGGCGACUUGAACCUUAAAAAGUCGUGGAACCCUGCAUUGGUUAAAAACCAGAAAAAGGUCUGGGAACGUGAACAGGAUGCAUUGAAGGAAUACCAACAAAUCAAGCAGCGCAGAAAGGAAAUCGAGCAAGAACGCGAGAAGGAAGAGUUGAUCAGACUUCAGUAUGGUAAUGAUCCAGACAACUUACCCACAAAGCAGAAAUUGGAGCUAAAUAAGCUUGGAUGGAUGUAUACGGAUGUUCCAAAGAAGGAUGACGAGGUCAACGAGUCGGGAUUCAGAGAGGUUGAGGAAGACUUUCUACUGAACAAGGACGACGUAGAGCAGCUUUUGAAAGGAGGAAAAGUCGUCAAGAAGAACACUACGUCGAGAUUCGACCAGGUUUCCACCGUUGGAUCCAAGCGGCCUGCUUCCAGUUUGAUAGAUGACCCGUUGUUGAUGAUUAAGAGAGAACAGGUCAAGAGAAGAACUGAAAGUAGUAGAGACGACAAGGAACGAGCCAGGGAUGAUAGACAUAGAAACGACAGAGGACUGACAAACAGAGAAAGAUCACCUUCUAGAAGGUCCAGUGACGAUGGAGAUCGUCAUAGGCUGUCUAAGUCUACACAUGGCCAUUCCAGCCGUUCUGGCCAUUCCAGCCGUUCUGGUCAUUCCAACCGUUCUAGUUAUUCCAGUAAUUCCAGUCGUUCACAUUCAGGCUCACAUUCAAGUUCGCAUUCUAGAUCGAAGGAUCACGAUCGGAACAGAUCCAGCCAUCGAUCAUCCAGUUCCAGAAACAAGUCUAAAGACUCGGAGUCUUCUAAACCUGAAACAAUGACGACUUGA